AUGAAACGACCAAGCACCCACAAGAACGAAAAGAUCCGGGUACAAGUCUACACCGGCGCAGGAAACCUCGUAGCGGACCUUCGCCUGCACGAAGCCACCACCAUACGAAAGCUCAUAGCCAGACUAGCUCCGGACCUGGGAGUCUCCCGAUUCCGACAGAAGAUCCUCCGAAACACGCGCCUCCUCGACGACGACGACGAGAUCCGAAAAUCCACCCACCUGCAGGUCGUGCUAUUGAACUACAUCCCCACCUCCGCGAAAAACAUCCGCCGGCUCAUUGAUGCCAGCUUCGAAGACUCCGAAUCCGAAGUGGAAGAACUCCUGUGCAAACCACAGGACGUCAACGCGUCCAUGCCCCGAGGGGCCAAAGUCAACAACGCAAACGGCGCAACCACCGCUCUCCAAGCAGCCGCGAGUGCAAACAAUACGGACAUCCUGAAACUCCUCUUCCAGGCCCAUGCGGACGUGAACCGCAACGGCAACGAUCGGACCCGGACGCAACAGACCUUCGUGGACGCAGCGUUACUCGAAGCCGUCGCUGGUGGCUUCCACAGCCUCACGCAAUUGGUGCUAGAGGCAAGAGCCGACCCGAAUCAACGCAACGACCAAGGCCGGACGCCCUUCAACGUCGCUUGCCACAAUAACGACGAAAAAAUGGCAACCACCCUGCUGAUGGCGCGCUCGGACGUGCACACCCGACACGAGCCCCGCAACGAGUACGACUACGAGACAACCGCUCUCUGCGCAUGCGCCAGCACCAACUGCAUUUCCGGCAUUAAACUCCUGCUCGGCUCAUCGGUCCACGUAGACGGCCAGUUGAAUGCCACGGCGCUCUGGUACGCAGCUUGGCACGGGAGAACCGAAGCCGUGGAGUUCCUGCUCGAACAGAGAGCUGACACCGAGAAGCAUGCCUUGCACGGGGGAACGGCUCUUUGCGCAGCAGCUUUCCAGGGUCACGACUCGAUCCUCCGCAAGCUCAUUGCGAACCUCUGCGACGUGGAAUCAGAAGCAGCUGUGCGACUCUUUCAAGAACCGCUACAACUUGCGAUGUGGAGCGACAACCCCGACACCGUCAAACUCUUGCUCGAUGCGAAGGCGAACGCGACUGGCGUGAAGAACAACACAUCCGUCGGUAGAAUGCACCAGCUACAGCUAUACCAGUCGACUGUAGAGGUGCGGACACCCACCCUGGACAGACUCCGUCUUUACCAGUAUCUGCAAGAACGCCAAACACAAGCGCAGGCUGCAACUGCAAGCAGAAAUCUCUCAGGCCAGGAACAGGAACCAUAG